GCAGAUAACAUUGCAUUCUGGACACGUACACAUUCAUACAAACCUAUUUGCAGUGUUGAUAAACAGCAUGCUAAACUACAGAUGUCACGUUGUGAGCAGGUCAAGGGAAAGAUAAGAUUAAAAACAUAUGUAAGCAGAGCACGAGAAACAUUGUUUCUUUCGUGAGUAGCCGACUGGAAUUUCAUUUGGUUGCUUGUUAAAAUAAAAAUCGGUAUAUCUUCCCUGGAAAAUCACCCUAAACAAAUUCAAAAAUGAGUGACGACUUUCUGAGAAAACCAUUCUCUUUGGCGCCCGCGGCAACUGUUGAAGAAGGAGCAACAACAAACUACACUCCAGUUACGAGCACUUUUGGUAGUCCUGCGGUUUCGCCGUACCUCAACUAUGAUUCAAGAUUCUUGCAGCAAGCACAGCCAGAGUUUAUCUUUCCUGAGGGCGCUAAUAAGCAGCGCGGACGCUUUGAGUUAGCAUUUUCUCAGAUUGGUACUUCGGUAAUGAUUGGCGGUGGAAUCGGUGGUCUUGCGGGGGUUUAUAAUGGUUUUAAAGUCACCAAGGCGCUUAAUCAGACAGGGAAACUGCGGCGAACACAAUUAAUCAAUCACAUUAUGAAGCAAGGUUCGGGAACGGCAAACACUCUGGGUACUCUGGCGGUGCUCUACUCGGCGUGUGGAGUGUUGUUGCAGUUCGUUCGUGGGGAAGAUGACCAUGUCAAUACAGUGAUUGCAGGCUCUGCAACGGGACUUCUAUACAAAUCAACGGCUGGCCUACGGAGGUGUGCACUUGGUGGCGCCAUUGGGCUGGCAUCUCGUCAAUCUAUUGCUUAUAUCUGUUAGCCCAAGAGAACAGCACAAACUCAAGUCCAAAAUUCCUGUAGAUCAUGAAAGCUUUUCAGGCAUGAAUAGAUCUACACAGUUUGUAUAGAUAUUCUAUGCUCUCAUUAAGAGGUUUUGUUGUAUAUUAAAAUACAUAGCUUAGGUUCAAUGAAUGCCUACAA